UGAAGGCACCUCUCAUAACGAAAAAAUCGGCAGAGAAAUAAAUAUUUGAUAAAUGCAAGCUGGCAACAGAUUUUUCGUUUCUGUUUAAAGCGGUUAUGGUUUUGUCAGAAAAAAAAAGUAACGCAGUGUCUGUUUUUGUUUGUUUCUGAAGGCGCUGUUGAGAAGAGAAUAAUGCGAGUGGUACCUGCUUUGUGUUAUGUUUUGGCAGCUCAUUAAUUUGCCGUAAAAAUGGUGCUAAAUACCCAUGGUACGUUAUGUGGUACACCUCCUGGAAGAACUGGACAUGUUGCUGUUAGUUACGAAAAAUAUAUGCUCGUUUGGGGUGGUUAUAGAGAAAAUCCAGGAGCUUUAGCUAGUACAUAUUUUAGUGGUGAAGAAAUAUGGAUUUUUAGUUGUAUUUCUGAAAAAUGGUAUUUAAAGACAAUUCAUGGAACAGGUCAUCCUCCUGGGAUGUCUGGUUCUACAGCAGUUGUGAUUGAUGAUUCCAUGUAUUUGUUUGGUGGCUAUGGAUAUAAUGGAGAAGGCUGCACAAACCGCCUCUAUAAAUUAGACUUGGACAAAUUCCAGUGGCAAUUACUGGAGCCUUCUGGUACACCACCUAUUCCUGUAGAUAAGAUGGUUGGAUGGACGUAUAAUAAAAAGUUUUAUGUAUUUGGUGGUUUUGGGAAUCCUGAUUCAGGGCCACCUCACGAUUUUCAGUUUGUUUUUUAUCAUUUGUUAUGGCGUGGUUGGACAAAUCAAUUCUUUGAAUAUGAUCCUGCAAAAAAUCAUUGGAGCAGGCCAUUUAGUACAGGUACAUUACCAAGUGCUAGAGCUGCACAUGCUGUAGCAGUUAUGCAUGGAAAAGUAUAUAUAUUUGGAGGACGCCACGACGUGUUUCGUAUGAAUGAUUUACAUUGCUUGGACAUGACAACAAUGAGUUGGAGUGGAGAAAUGGCUGUGAAAGGUCCUGUACCUGUUGGUAGGUCCUGGCACAGUUUAACAGCACUAGCUGAUCAGUAUUUAGUUCUCUAUGGUGGUUUCAGUCAAAAUAAUGUUGCCUUAAGUGAUUGCUGGUUGUUUGAUACAAAAGCUGAAAUCUGGAUACCAGUAGAAUUGCCUUUUCAAAAACCUCGUUUAUGGCAUUGUGCUUGUCUUAGCAUAUUUAACGAAGUUCUUAUAUAUGGAGGAUGUACAUCAAAUAUCUUGGAUCUUGAUAGAACACCUGAACAAGCUACUGACAUAGUUGAAAUAAGGAUAACUCCCAAAUCACUCUACAGAUUAUCUGUGGACAGAGUCUUACAAUUUCCUCAUUCUUAUAUUCUUAAUCAUCCACUUCCACGUAACGUACUUCACCUACUUCAUCUUCGUUCAGAUUUGUUUAGAAAUAUAGAUGGUUCUUGACAAUUUUUUUUCCCUGUAAAUAGCUAUGGCAAUUCUGUACAGAUCGAAUAGAUCCAAGAAAUUUUUGUGUAUUCAUCUGACAAAUAAGACUUAUCAUCUGUAUGUCCUCAUGAUAAUAAGCAAGUAUAGUGGAGGCCAUUUUUCCGCAGUUUCAUUGUUACAUAAUCAUUUGAAUAGGAAUCAUUUAUGAAUUUGAAGAACAUUGUUAGGAAACUUUUGGAAACUGAAAGUUAAAAUGUAAUAAAUACUGUAACCUUUUGGGAAAAAAAUUUGUAAAUAGUAUUUGAAAAAUCUUAAAUUUAACAUAAACUCUUUCAGUAUGUAGCAUUUGAAAAAGUUUGGUUACUGUUUCAAUUAUUAUUUUUUAGAACAUUUCCUCCUAAAUUUUAAGCAUUUUCUUAGAUAUGCUCUCAAAAACAAUAAGGUAAUUAUUUCACAAUAUACUAUGUUAAUUUCAAUUCAAAAUUAAUUGGAAUAUAUUUUUCUUUCUAUUGUAGUAGAAUAAAGUACUUAUAAAAGUAAAUAUAAAGUCUUUUUUAAUAUCUCAAUUUAUAAUUUUUAUAUUGUAUGUAUGAUGAUUCAUAAAUCUUUCUCUCAUUCCUGAAUGAAAAAUGUAGUAUAUGGAUUGUUGUGCAAUGCAAGUUUAAAAUGUGAAAUAAUUAUAUACAAUAUUAAUUUUAUUUCUGUAAGUUUUGCAUUUCAAAUUAUUGACAUACAUUUAAAAAUUUAUAAUUAUAACCAAUGAACUAUUGGUUUUUAUUCUCAUUUUUUUAAAAUUAUCUGGAAUGUUUUGAAAAUUCUUUUUAACUCAGUAGACUUCUCAGAAAUAUUUUAAAUAUUGUAUUAAGCAAAAGAUUGCUUACUUUUCUUCCCCGUGAUCUGGGCAUCCCGGGUUCAAGUGCCGGUUUGGGCAUAGUUGUUCAUCUGUGAGGUGUGUGAAUGUGCCCUCCUGUAAAAAGGGGUUGUGCAAGCGAAUGUGUGAGUUUCAUUUUCAUAUGAGCUAGAAGUCAAACUUCUGCCCUUGGGUGCUCAGGAGUCUACCCUCAGAAGCUACUGCAUCCCCUUUCGGUGAUAACGUGGACACAUCAUCAGUGCUUACUUUUAUGGAAAUACAUUUUUCUAUACAUUGUGUAGAUUCAUUAAAUAAUUUUGAUUUCUUUGUUUAACUUGUAUAUUUAGUAUUUUCUUGUGUGAUAUUUUCCAAAAUUGUUCAAUUAAUGGACGACUUUUUUUUUGUGGGAAUUCAUAUUUAAAUAUGAAUUUUAAAGUUAUGCUUUCUGUAUUAGUAUUUUGUCCCGAAUUUAGGUGCAAUUUAGACGAAAUAUCUUCAGUCAGCAAAGAAACACCUGGCAUUUUUUUUUUAAAUCCAUGUGAGAACAUGAUGUUGUUUUGCUUAAGUGGUUUGAAGCUCGAAAUCGCGUAGCAAUGAAUAAAGCAUAAAUGGGGCAUUUUAAGCUUUCUCCUGAUGAAGCCCUGAAAGCCCCAUAGUAAUCCUAUGGAUUAAUUAAAGACCCCCCCCCCGCCUCAUGGAGUCAUCUACUAUGCAGGCUCAGAUGGUUUUCGUUAUAUCUGUUAAAUUAUGAGCUAGAGACAUGGUUUUCACCAUAGUAAUCCUACGGGACUAGAGAAGAUCCGCAUCGUGGAGUCAUCUGCUGCGCAUGCGCAGAUGGUUUUCAUUAUCUCCCAAACUAUAUGUUAGAGACAUGGGGUUUUCACUUAGAGGUACCCCGGGGAGUCCUCUAAGCCCCCCAAAAGAAUUUUUUUUGGAUCCAUUGCGCAUGUGCAGUACGGAUUUUGCUUAAUAUUGGGCAAAUCAAUGUCGGAUCGAUACCACAGAGUUAUGUUGGGUCUCGGAAUGUCGAUAUGAACUUUCGGUCAGAACGGAAAACGUUAUAUCUCGGCUUCUAUGCAACAUAGAGACAAGUGCGACCUGUCUAAACACUCCUCUCGAUGAGUAGAGUCGAAUGACGUUGUUACCGAUACUCGGGUCUCGAAAUUUAGAAAUUCGAGUUGCAUUGCAUUUGCUCGUAUCGUUGUAUAGUACUCGACGAAAUGCAAGUAACGAUACGAAUUUCACGCUGCUACUCCAAGUGGUUUGCGAGAUACAGGCUCUCAAAGUUGUAAAAAUUUGAAUUUUCGAGCGAGGUUUUCGACCUCGUUUUUGCACAAAAUCUCCUUACGACUAGCAUCGAUGCACUCUAUUUGAUGUCCUCUAUCGAACGAUACCACAUUUAAGUCGCUUUCGUUAUUAGGAGCCGAAAGAGGGAAAAGAACGCGACGGGGCGGUUUGAAGCUCGAAAUCGCGUAGGCAAUGAAUAAAGCAUAAAUAGGACGCCCUAAACUUUCUCCCAAUGAAGCCCUGCAAAGAAUAAAAAGGAAGGGAACGAAAGAGCAAACAGUGGCCGGGACGAAACCUUCAGAGACAAAACCUUCAAUCAACAAAAACGAAUGAUGAAAAUUUAAAAUUUAGAAGCUGAUCGAAUUGACCAUGAACGUAAAAUAGCUUUACAACGGGAACGAAGAAAGCGUAAACGUAUGCAAUGUGUUGCAGAUUCCCACAAUCUGCAACACACUGCAUAGUUGAGUGUUACGAUUGCACACAGUGUAACGUGUAAAUUUGGAUUCUGAAUUAGAACCAUCAACGUUUAACGCAAAACGUCUUCGUUUUGAUUCGGCCUUUCAAAUAUCGCUUUCUAGCUAUAAGCAAUUCAUCGGGAAAAAAAGAAAAUGUUCUCACAUGAUAACUUGAAAUUUGCGAUAGGAUUCAAUUUUCUCUUUCUUUUAAUUUUUUUUUUCUGAUCACUGAAAUUUACAGAAAUGACAUAUUAGUUACAUCUGUUGAUGGAGGUAUAAUCUCUAUAAACUAUAGUUAUUGCUCAAAAUAUGGGGAUUUAUUGUUAUAUUUUGGCCUUUGAAUAACGUUUAAUAUAAUAUCUACUUUGAAAUAGAACAGUGAAUAUAAUGAUUUUAUUAAAAUUAUGCACUGUUGUAUACUUUUUAAAAUAAUGUUUGGAUUUACUUGUAAUUUAAUUAAUAGGUUACAUUUAGAUGCUCUGGUUGAAUACUUUAUACAAUGCCAUUACUGUGAACUUCCACCUGCAUCAAGUAUUUAAUAUUCUUGGUAUCUUAUCAUUGUGUUCUGUUUUUCUAUAAAUGUAUAAAUAUUAAGGAAUAAAAAGUCAUCAAAGGCAUGCACUUAAUGAUUAACUCAUUCACUGCCAUUUGCAAGAUAUCUCGAGGAAACUGCUGUAAAAUUAAGCUUUAAUUAAUUUCUCUGGCAAUGAAUGGGUGGGUAUCUAAAAGUUUUGCUUUUUUUUGUAACUGCAAAUAAUAUACUUAAAAUUUUAAAAGGAAUUAUGGAUUUAUUUGUUAAAAUCUUUAUUUUUGUUUGCAUUGAAAGGUUAAUUUUAGUCAUUACAUUUAUGUUUCAACUGAUAUUUCAAAUAAUGUUUCAUACAGAAAUAUUAAAUAUCUUGUCUAAUCAUGGCGCGAUAGCUUAUUAAUUAAUUGAAAGAAGUUUGCAUACACUUCCAUUUGAAAAUUGUUUUAGAAAAUAAUAUUUUAUGUUUGCUGCAAUGAAAGUACAACUGAUAAAAAUUAAUUCUAAAUUUCUUUAGUCUCUUGAUCUUAUCCAUCAUUUUUCUUAAAAUAUUCUUGAGACCCUAAAAUUCUAAAUGUACUCUUCUACUAUCAAAACGGACCGAGUUAUGAAGCUAUAAAUUUCACUUUUUAUAGUAUGGAAUCGCAACAUGUUGAUUGGUGAAUUUUCCUUGAAGUUGCCAAUAAAUUGGUUUAGAAUAAUUCUAUUGAAAGGGCAACUUGAUCAGUUUUCUGAAGUAAAUUAAUGCAAUUUUUUAUAUUUUAAAUAUUAUUGUUAAAAAUAUUUAAAUAAAAUGGCACGCGACACAAUAUUUUGGGCACACCGCCUAUCUAAAUGGUUUGCAUUUUAGUUCAUAAUAACGAAGCUCACGAUGAAGCAUAGGGGUAGUCCGGCGUCCUGGCAUAGGGGUAGCGCGUCUUCCCCGUGAUCUGGGCGUCCCGGUUUGGGCAUGGUUGUUCGUCCGUUUUUCUAUCUGUGAAAUGUGUGAAUAUGCCCUCCUGUAAAAAGGGCUUGUGCAAGCGAAUGAGUGAUGCGUGAGUAGCAAAGUCGUACUUUUGGCCCUAGUUGGCGCUACUAUAAAAACAAGAGACGCUCGAUUCUUGAAUUUCACUACAUGAUUCACUAAAAAUCCUUGUGUGCUAAGAGUGGUUUAACAUCUCUUGAUAACAUAAUGGAGUUAGUCACAAAAAUAGACAAUCUCAUAUCGUCGCAGGUUUUAAAUAAGCGAAAGUUUAGUGCUUUGUUGAAUGAAGUCAUUUCAGUAUAUAAUGACUUAAUAAAUCAACAAUAAUAAUUUUCGCUGGUUGAGCAGCGGGAACCUGUUUCAAAGAUUUGUUGACUGCUUGGAAGAAAUGAGACUGUUUCUGCAAAAUCAUAGGGAUAUUGAACAAUACCCACAAUUGUUGGAUGUUAUGUGUCUUUCAAAAUUGAUGUUUUUUACAGCCAACAUUUCGAUGAAUUGAACAUAAGGCUUCAAGUCAUAAAUAAAACAAUUGUAGUCAUGGUGGAUCUCAUUCGCGCUUUUGACGCUAAAUUGUAUGUUUUCAGAAACGAUAUUAUUACAAGGACUUCACUAAUUUGGUUUAUAUAUAUAUAAUAUGUGUGUGUGUGUAAUGAAUUUCGAAUCCUGUCGGCUGAAUGAUAUGUAAUAUUAUUUUGUUGACAGCAGACGGCAGGUUUAAAGACAUAGACGAGACUUUGUAUUUUUAAUUUUGUUUUAUUCUUCUUAAUAUCCAUCUCGGGAAAGCAAUUUAUUUACAAGCAGACGCAUCGCGGCACAAAAGCAGAAGAAAAUAAGCGCGAAACAAAUGAUCACUAGUCUUAUAUAACACUAUUUCCGGCCACGCGCCGAUGGAAUACAUGUUUUGACCUUUGAUAAGGGCAAAAGUAUCACUUUCAUUUGAUACGUAGUACUGAUGGUGCAUUAUUUUUACAAAGGAAUUAAUUAAACCGAAAGUGGAAUUAGAUCACGAAAUAAGAGAAUAUUUUUAGAAUGAAGUUACUAUGGGCUAAAUUAAAAUAAAGUUUUGGAAAUUAAUUUGGUUAACUUAAGAGUUUAAAAUAUCAUUACUUAUAUAUCUCAAAGAAUUAGAUGUGCAUGAGAAACUAGACGAAGAAAAAGUUACUGAAGAAUUUAUUUCCGUAAUUGAUUCUUCAAUCAAGGAAGAUUUCAGAGAUUUUUUUUCAGUUCAAGGAAUUAUCGGAAACGCUCAAGUUUGUUAUGUACCCUGAUGUGACUUCAUUUGAUAAACUAAACUUUUCCCAAUUCGAUUAGAAUUUGAAAUGCAGCUAAUUGAUUUCCAGUCUAGUUCAAUAUGGAUUCAAAAAUUUAUUAAAACAAGGAAAAAGUUGGAAUUGAUUCAAACAGAAAGAUUAACAAGAAAUAUAAGUAAAAAGGCCAGUAACAAAAUUUUGGAAAUAUGGGAUUCGAUUCAAACAUUUAACUGUUUGAAGAAACUGACUCAUGCUAUUUUAACGAUAUUUUCAUCUACUUAUGCCUGCGAAUCGUUUUCAGAGAUAAAUAACAUUGAUGUCACGCUUAGAAACUGUUUGGCAGAUGACUCCAAUUCAGCAUGCAUUCUGCUAAAAGCAACAUCUUACAAUUCUAAUAUAAGUUAUUGGUCAUUUAAUCUGCAACAACAAAAGUCAUACUAAUGCUACUUUAAUUUGAAUUACACUUUACUAAAACAUUUACUACUAUGCAGUGUGGCACGUCUGUACCUCAUUAAACAUUUCUGUAGA